CUCUACACUGUGGCAUUCAAGCUUCGAAAAAGCCAUAGAAAUCUCUCUAAAGGAAGCAGAGAAUCUUUGAAGACGAUGAUGAAGUUCGUAUCCGCAGCAAAGCGGAUAUACUUCCUGCAACCCUAAAUUUGCUAAUUUCAUCUGUCUUUAGAGCCGGUCUCCUGCUUAUGGUCCUUUGUACUGAGAUUUGAAGUAUUUUUGGCUGCAAGGGUAGUAAGUGGUCAUCAUUUCAAUACUAUAGGUGGAGAGAUGACUAAGAAUAAAAUAGUUGGGGUAGACUCAGAAGAUGAAUCUGAUGAUUGCGACAUUGCGGAAGCGAACUGUGAGCUAGCUAUGGUAGAAGGUCAGCUCUGUAACAUACCAUACGAGCUCUAUGAUCUACCAGAUUUCACGGGGAUAUUGUCUGUUGAGACUUGGAACUCAGUUCUUACAGACGAAGAAAGAUUCUUCCUCUCAUGUUUUCUGCCAGAUAUGGAUCAACAGACUUUUAUUCUGACAAUGCAGGAACUUCUCGGUGGUGCCAAUUUAUAUUUUGGGAAUCCAGUGGUUAAGUUUUACAAGAAUUUGAGAGGAGGAUUGUUUACUCCAAAGGUAGCUUGUUUCAAACAAGGUGUUAUGUUUGUCAAGAGGAGAAAGUAUUACUACUCUUUAAAGUUCUAUCAUGAAAAGCUGAUCAAGACAUUCACCGAGAUGCAAAGGUUGUGGAUUCAGUAUGGAAAAAAAUUCGGCAAUUACUCAAGACUCCUCCUUUGGUCAGGACGAACUCAAACCGGUAAUCUGAAGCGACUGGGCCUUAAUAGAGUUCCAUCUGAGGAAAUGGAUAGUGCUACAUGUAGAUUCAAAACUCCCAAUGUAGUGAAACCUGUGGAAAGAAAUAGAACGAAAAGUUUAACCUUCCCUCGCAGUGGUAGCUCCAAGAACGGUCUCAAGAUAAAGAUAACCAAGGGAGGAGUAUUCGGGUACCAACGUUCCAGCUUAGUUUCUGCUGGCUAUCAUCAUCAGACUUUGCCAAAGGGUCUUCUCAAAUUAGUCCCUAAAUCUUCUUCUGCCAUUCUCAGGGAACCCUAUGUAGCUCCAGGAAACAAUCUCCAGCAAAUCCAUGAAACCGGUUCAAAGAGUACUAGAUUUGCAGCGUCUCCAUACUUAGGUACGAGAUUUGAGAAACCACCCUACGGAACUAUUGGCUGUUCUAUCUCAGAACUCCCAAAAUGCUUACUGAAUCACCAAGACCCUUUCUUAACCUAUUUGGAAACUACACAAAGAUCAACCGAAGGUACAGAACCGGUGUUUCAUGAUCCAACACACACUAUACCCAGAGCUCUUGGUGUUUCAAAUUACUCCAGCACAGAACAUCAUAAUCUGCCUCUAAAGCAAGAAGAAUAUGUCCACUACCACCUGAACUCUCCUGGUUUUGAGCCGAGGACUGUUGACAGAGGCUCUGAAACAGCAGAGAGCAAGAGGAUUUUGUCUGGUAAUAACUUUCAGAGGGAAGCCAAGGUCCUGAGAAAACCGCUGCGUGUCCUUAGCGAAGACAAUCAUGCUCGAGAAGCCAAUACUGACAAUUUGUAUUCCUUGACGUACAAGCGAAGAAAGGUUCAGAGAAUCGCUUGAGCCUUGACGCUAUGCUAAUCCAAUGUUCCACCUAAUGUACUCUUCCAUGGAAAUAUGAAGUGUAAUCCAAAUUAGUAACUGGA